AACUCGCACCUGUGGGCCGUUGCACGACAUCAAGACAAUGAAUAUCGAGGGCAAUGCAAUGAAGGGAUGAUGUGUGAACCGUGGGCGACUCUGCCUACUUGUUAUAGGUGCGCUCGCGACAGCUUCCAAAAAGAGUAAGCAAGCGCAAUGGACUGGCGGACCGAGCAGACCGCCGGUGGCUUUUGACGCAUCUUCUUUACAUUCACUUAACGUCUACAAAGGUCCAAAAGCGCGAGCUGUUCGCCCGCGGUCUCGACAGCUCGUCUCAUAUCACGGUCUAAUCCACGAUAACAAUGGCGACUAACGAUUUCGAGCCGAUUCCUUUCGGUCCCAUGGCAAACUGCACGCUCGAUCUCUGCAAGCUCGAAUGGAGCGUCUUCCGAUACCUGCCCAACGUCCCUGCGAACGCGACAUUCCUUGCGGCGUUCGGUCUUCUAAUGAUGACUCAUGUUGCCCAAGGUUUCCGCUACAAGGCUUGGGUUUACAUGGCGUCAAUGGUGGCUGGCUGCGGCCUUGAGCUUGCAGGUUACGUUGGUCGAAUCAUGCUGCAUCAUAACCCUUUCGACUUCAACGCCUUCCUAGUGAACCUUGUGCCGAUCACCGUAGCUCCAGUCUUCUUCUGCGCCGCAAUUUAUAUCCAGCUCACGAGGGUUAUAACGCACAGCAAUCGAUCAGUCUCCCGGUUCAAUCCACGCUUCAUAACUUUCACCUUCAUUCCUUGCGACAUCAUUUCUCUUGUCCUUCAGGGAACCGGUGGCGCCUUAUCGGCCGGCGCUGAUACAGUUGAUGGUACAAAACUCGGCGUCGACGUAUCGAAAGCUGGUCUGAUCUUUCAAGUAAUUACCCUUGUGCUCUUCAUCGGUCUGACUUCGGACUAUCUUUGGGCGCUGAGGACGUCACACAGGAAGAGUGGUCUAAGGAUGGAGAGGGCGCUGAAGAUGAUGAUCAUGUGGCUCGGUGCGGCUACGAUCCUGAUCUUGGUUCGAUGCAUCUUCCGCAUCUACGAGCUGAAGGCUGGAUACUUCGCACCUGCAUUCCGAGACGAAGGCACCUUCAUUGCGUUCGAGUCGGUGUUCAUGAUAAUUGCGGUUGCUUGCCUCAACGUUGGCUGUCCUGGUCGCGCUUUCCGCGAUCCUCCGACAACAUCCGACACCGAGAUCCCGCUCGAGGCGCUAACGGAGAAAUGACUUCCGUGCCAAAGAAUAAUCAAGCAAGAGAGAAGAUACGGCAUCGGUCAAAUGCUGAGCAAGACCUGUGACAGCUAGUAACAGCGGUCUAAGGUUGUUGCUAGUAGACGAAUAGUACUACUACUGGAAAAGGCUAUCUCUUUCAAAGAUGACAAAGUAUGCUUUCCAUAGCAGGUCUGACGGGCUAAAGUGACGUUGGUACUAGAGGGUCUAGCAUGCAUGAGCGUCAGGCACUCCGUUCUUCACAGU